AUGGCUGCCGUUGUCAAGGCCCUCAAUGCCAAGAUCAGGAGCAAUCCUGUGGCCAACUAUCUGUGCUCGACCCACUUCUGGGGUCCUGCCUCCAACUUCGGUAUCCCCGUUGCCGCCGUCCUCGAUACCCAGAAGAGCCCUGAACUCAUCUCGGGCCAGAUGACCGGUGCCCUCACCAUCUACGCCUUCGUCUUCAUGCGCUACGCCCUUGCCGUCACUCCCCGCAACUACCUCCUGUUCGGCUGCCACUUCGUCAACGCCGGCGCCCAGCUCACCCAGGGUUACCGCUACCUUGACUGGCACUACUGGGGUGGCAAGGACAAGGCUGUCGAGAAGGCACUCACUGCCCCGGUUGCCGCCGCUGCCGUUGCCAAGUAA